AUGUCUAAGGAAAAUUAUUAUGAAGAUGAUGAAUAUGGAUUUGAAGAUGAAAAUGCACCAAUCACUGCGGAAGACUCAUGGGCUGUUAUCUCAUCCUUCUUCCGUGAAAAAGGUUUAGUUUCUCAACAGCUGGACUCUUUCAAUCAGUUUGUAGACUAUACUUUACAAGAUAUCAUUUCUGAGGACUCUACAAUGAUUUUGGAACAAUUAGCACAACAUACAACUGAAUCAGAUAAUAUUAGUAGAAAAUACGAAAUUAGUUUUGGUAAAAUUUAUGUAACUAAACCAAUGGUAAAUGAAUCUGAUGGUGUUACUCAUGCUUUAUACCCACAGGAAGCCCGUUUGCGUAAUUUAACAUAUUCUUCAGGUUUAUUUGUAGAUGUUAAAAAGAGAACUUAUGAAGCAAUUGAUGUUCCUGGGAGAGAUUUAGAUUAUCAACUUAUUGCUGAAGAAUCAGAAGAAGAUGGAGAAAGCGGUAAAGUUUUCAUUGGUAGACUUCCUAUUAUGUUAAGAUCUAAGAACUGUUACUUAAGUGAUGCUACUGAAUCUGAUCUAUAUAAAUUGAAAGAAUGUCCAUUUGAUAUGGGUGGUUAUUUCAUUAUUAACGGGUCGGAGAAAGUUUUAAUUGCUCAAGAACGUUCCGCAGGUAACAUUGUUCAAGUUUUCAAAAAAGCUGCGCCAUCUCCAAUCUCUUAUGUAGCUGAAAUUAGAUCCGCUUUGGAAAAAGGUUCUAGAUUUAUCAGUCAACUACAAGUCAAACUUUAUGGUCGUGAGGGCAGUUCAGCACGUACUAUUAAAGCUACACUACCAUAUAUUAAACAAGAUAUCCCAAUUGUCAUUAUUUUUAGAGCUCUUGGUAUUAUUCCUGAUGGUGAAAUAUUAGAACAUAUUUGUUAUGAUGUAAAUGACUGGCAAAUGCUAGAAAUGUUAAAGCCUUGUGUAGAAGAUGGUUUCGUUAUUCAAGAUCGUGAAACUGCCUUAGAUUUUAUCGGUCGUCGUGGUACUGCACUAGGUAUCAAGAAGGAAAAAAGAAUUCAAUAUGCUAAAGAUAUUUUACAAAAAGAAUUCUUACCUCAUAUUACACAACUUGAAGGUUUUGAAAGUAGAAAGGCUUUCUUUCUUGGUUAUAUGAUUAAUAGAUUAUUAUUGUGUGCCCUAGACCGUAAAGAUCAGGAUGAUCGUGAUCAUUUUGGUAAGAAAAGAUUAGAUUUAGCCGGUCCAUUAUUAGGGCAGUUGUUUAAAACAUUAUUUAGAAAAUUAACGAAAGAUAUUUUCCGUUAUAUGCAAAGAACUGUGGAGGAAGCUAAUGACUUCAAUAUGAAAUUGGCCAUCAAUGCCAAGACCAUUACUUCUGGUUUGAAGUAUGCUUUAGCCACUGGUAACUGGGGUGAACAGAAGAAGGCCAUGUCGUCUCGAGCUGGUGUUUCUCAAGUCUUAAACCGUUAUACUUAUUCAUCUACAUUAUCACAUUUAAGAAGAACUAACACACCUAUUGGCCGUGAUGGAAAAUUAGCCAAGCCUCGUCAAUUACACAAUACGCAUUGGGGGUUGGUCUGUCCUGCAGAAACUCCAGAAGGUCAGGCAUGUGGUUUAGUGAAGAAUCUAUCAUUAAUGUCUUGUAUAUCUGUUGGUACCGAUCCAAUGCCAAUUAUUACGUUUUUAAGUGAAUGGGGUAUGGAACCUUUAGAAGAUUAUGUACCACAUCAAUCUCCAGAUGCAACUAGAGUUUUUGUUAAUGGUGUCUGGCAUGGUGUUCAUAGAAAUCCAGCUAGAUUGAUGGAAACUUUGAGAACAUUAAGAAGAAAAGGUGACAUUAAUCCAGAAGUUUCUAUGAUUAGGGAUAUUCGUGAGAAAGAAUUAAAGAUAUUUACAGAUGCAGGUAGAGUUUAUAGACCAUUAUUUAUUGUUGAAGAUGACGAAGAAUUAGGCCACAAGGAGUUAAAGGUUAGAAAAGGUCAUAUUAAUAGAUUGAUGCAAACUGAAUACCAAGAUAUUGAAGGUGGUUUUGAGGAUAUCCAAGAAUAUACAUGGACGUCGUUACUAAAUGAAGGUUUAGUUGAAUAUAUUGAUGCCGAGGAAGAAGAGUCUAUUCUAAUUGCAAUGCAACCUGAAGAUUUAGAACCUCCAUUAGAAGAAGGUGAAAUGGUUGAUGAAUUAGAUCCAGCCAGAAGAAUUAAAGCUGUUCAACAUGCCACAACAUUUACUCAUUGUGAAAUUCAUCCUUCUAUGAUUUUAGGUGUUGCUGCAUCGAUUAUCCCAUUCCCUGAUCAUAACCAAUCUCCACGUAAUACAUAUCAAUCUGCGAUGGGUAAACAAGCCAUGGGUGUAUUCUUAACAAAUUAUAAUGUUCGUAUGGACACUAUGGCAAAUAUUCUAUAUUACCCCCAAAAACCUUUAGGUACAACUCGUGCAAUGGAAUACUUAAAAUUCAGGGAACUUCCGGCUGGUCAAAAUGCUAUUGUAGCUAUCGCAUGCUAUUCUGGUUAUAACCAAGAAGAUUCUAUGAUUAUGAACCAAUCUUCUAUUGACAGGGGGUUAUUCAGAUCCCUAUUUUUCAGAUCAUAUAUGGAUCAAGAAAAGAAAUAUGGUAUGUCUAUUACUGAAACUUUUGAAAAACCACAACGUACAAACACGUUAAGAAUGAAACAUGGAACAUAUGAUAAAUUAGAUGAUGACGGUCUUAUUGCACCAGGUGUUAGGGUAUCAGGUGAAGAUAUUAUUAUUGGUAAGACAACGCCAAUCUCUCCAGAUGAAGAAGAAUUGGGUCAAAGAACAGCCUAUCAUUCUAAACGUGAUGCUUCCACACCAUUAAGAAGUACAGAAAACGGUAUUAUUGAUCAAGUUUUAGUUACUACUAACCAAGAUGGGUUGAAAUUCGUUAAAGUUCGUGUUAGAACUACAAAAGUUCCUCAAAUCGGUGAUAAAUUUGCAUCUCGUCACGGUCAAAAAGGUACUAUUGGUAUUACAUAUCGUAGAGAAGAUAUGCCAUUUACUGCAGAAGGUAUUGUUCCUGAUUUAAUCAUUAAUCCCCAUGCCAUCCCCUCACGUAUGACAGUUGCACAUUUAAUCGAAUGUUUAUUAAGUAAAGUAGCAGCAUUAUCGGGUAAUGAAGGUGAUGCAUCUCCUUUCACAGAUAUCACAGUGGAAGGUAUUUCCAAAUUAUUACGUGAACAUGGUUACCAAUCUCGUGGGUUUGAGGUUAUGUAUAACGGCCAUACAGGUAAAAAACUAAUGGCACAAAUUUUCUUUGGUCCAACCUAUUAUCAACGUUUAAGACAUAUGGUCGAUGAUAAGAUCCAUGCAAGAGCUCGUGGGCCAAUGCAAGUGUUAACAAGGCAACCUGUCGAAGGUAGAUCAAGAGAUGGUGGUUUAAGAUUCGGGGAGAUGGAACGUGAUUGUAUGAUUGCCCAUGGUGCAGCCGCCUUCUUAAAAGAAAGAUUAAUGGAAGCAUCUGAUGCUUUCAGAGUUCAUAUCUGUGGUAAUUGUGGUUUAAUGUCAGUUAUAGCUAAGUUAAGCCAUAAUCAAUUCGAAUGUAAAGGUUGUGACAAUAAGAUUGAUAUAUAUCAAAUCCAUAUACCAUAUGCCGCCAAAUUACUCUUCCAAGAAUUGAUGGCAAUGAAUAUUACCCCACGUUUGUACACAGAUCGUUCAAGAGAUUUCUAA